GUCUGUAAUCAGACCUCUUACCUGCGUCUGUUGCUAUACUAUCCUUACCAAAGCUUCCGUUCGUCUGCCAAAUAAUCAACAUGAGUCCAGUGGCCUUAUCGCCCAAGCGCGUUGACAUAGUCGACAUUCGCGGGAAUGAUAUGCAGUAUUCGCUCGUAAACGAAAUCCACAAAGGCCUUAACCCUCCCAACGGGACCCGGCGUUCAUUACCUACUAUGCUACUCUACGAUUCCGAAGGACUCAAGCUGUUCGAAAAAAUCACGUAUGUGGAUGAGUAUUAUCUGACAAACGCCGAGAUUGAGGUGCUAGAAAAACAUUCGCGACGCCUGGUCGAAAAGAUUCCGAGCAACGCACAGCUCCUGGAACUCGGUAGUGGCAACCUCCGAAAGAUAGAGAUCCUCCUCCGGGAAUUCGAGCGGGUUGGGAAGCCUGUAGACUACUACGCCCUUGAUCUGUCUUUAUCCGAACUUGAGCGCACUUUCUCCAAUGUCUCCCUUGAGGAAUACAAAAGUGUUGGGUUCCACGGUCUUCACGGGACGUAUGAUGAUGCUCAUACUUGGCUGAGCGACCCGAAAAACAGAGAGAGGCCGACGGUUGUUCUAUCCAUGGGUUCUUCUUUAGGAAACUUCAGUCCGCCAGACGCAGCGGCUUUCCUUGCUGGAUUUGCUACUCUGCUGAAGCCAUCGGACUUCAUGGUCAUAGGCCUCGAUGCUUGUGAAGAUCCGGACAGAGUAUACAAGGCCUACAACGAUUCAGCUGGGAUUACUCGAAAGUUCUACGAGAAUGGUCUUGCCAAUGCGAACAAGACCUUGGGGCACGAGGUCUUUCGACCCGAUGAAUGGGAAGUUGUUACCGAAUACGAUGCCGUUAAUGGUAGGCACCAGGCAUUCUAUGUACCAACAAAGGACGUGUCCGUCGGUGAUGUGCUGCUCAGGCGUGGUGAAAAGAUCAUCUUCGAGGAGGCUUUCAAGUACGGGUGUCAAGCACGCGAGAAGCUGUGGCACGACGCUGGCCUGAUAGAAGCCGCUGAGUUUGGAAGCGGUUCCGAGGACUACCGUACGUACAUAUGA